ACACAUCCAGUAUGGUUAGCUUUCAUCUGGAGUUGUGUUUCUGUCCGACUGAGAGAUUUAAAUGGGACCUGUGAUGUUUUUCAUUGUAUCUGUCAUAUCUAUGUAUGUUACAAGGUCAGGUGUUUAUGUAUAAUGUGGCCAAAGUAUUGAAUAAUGAGGUAAAAGUAGGUAAAAGCUGCAUUUUAAAUAGCUCAUAAUAUGAUUUGUGGGUUAUUGUCUUUCCUUUAUUGCAUUAUGUAGUUUUCUGUGCGUGUAAAAGUCAAUUUUCUGUCAUUUGGAAAAAGAGAUGAUGACUUGUACGAGACACUGUUUAAAUCAUUUAUGUGUUUAAAUAUAAUUCAUUUUAUUUUAUUCAUGUCAUCAGUGUUGACUGUCACAUCUGUUUGUGUGUCGGGGCAGAUCCCUCCUUCUCUGUGGCUGCCUGCCUGAAAAACAAACAAAAAAGAAAACUACAAAAGCCAUAAAUCAGGUAGGACAGGGACACUUCAGCCCCUGCAGUAACCGAGCCCGGCUGUGGACGAAGAAUGUCGGCCCACUGAAAUAGCCGCCUGCAUCAAGAGGUUGAUGGGAGUGAGAGAAGUGUCCAUACAGCCAAAACAACGAGCUGAAAGGAGCUAAAGCGCUCUGUAGCACUGAGAGGAGCUGCGGUGUCGGGUGGUUACUCUCAGUGGGUUCACCACUAUGAGGGGAUGCCUUUCACACUGGCCAGAUUCAAGAUCCAUGAUUAAUUCAACAAUAUUGAUCAGUGCCACUUUAAAGUCUUGGGUUGCCCUCACCUCCCCCUCCACUUCCCUCCAGAUGUGCCCCCACUGGUGUCAUCCCUCUCUCCCUCUCUCUCUCUCUCUCUCUGUCUCCAAAGCGGAUGUGAGCUUCUACUUUUUCUUGCAAAAGACGGACAACUAACAUCCGAACACACGCCUGUGUGUGCGUUUCCUGCUUUAAGGGAAGAAAAGGAGCUCUGAACUGCACAAUCAUCAAAAAAAAAAAAAAAAAAAAAAAAAAAAUCCCAGCACAGUGACUCAGUAGGUUGAAACCAGCCGACUUGGUGAGCGGACGGAGUGUGUGUGUGUGUGUGUGUGAUCCGGGGCUCCUCCAGCAGGGCAGCGCAGUCUCAGCCCGCCGUCGUCCUUUCCCCCUCCACAUCGCGCAGCAGUGUACCUUUAAAAGGUUGAACUCGGCAGCCUGCGAGCACCGGAUUGUUUUCCCCCAGCUCGGCUCAGCUGUAGCCACCUUCCAGCAGUGACAUGGCACAGAGGCGGUGAGCAGCCAGCAGCAGCAGCAGCAUCCUGCACCAUGGACGCUCGCACCGCACAGCCGAGGCGCAGCGGAGCCCUCGCCGCGCUGGACACGACGCUGCUGCCCGUGUGGAUCCUGCUGAGCGCCGUGUCGGGAGGACUGAAGGCGGAGGACGACGCGAUGGAGGAACUCGCCACCGAGAAGGAGGCUGAGGAAAGUCACCGACAGGACAGCGUUAAUCUGCUGACGUUCAUCUUGCUGCUGACCUUAACCAUUCUCACCAUCUGGCUCUUCAAGCACAGACGGGUCCGUUUCCUCCACGAAACCGGACUGGCAAUGAUUUACGGUCUGCUGGUAGGUGUGAUCCUGCGUUACGGCAUCCCUGCCACCAGCUACCACAACAAGACGCCCCCGAGCUGCUCGCUGAAGGAAGGACCUGUCAGCACCCUGCUGCUUAAUGUCAGUGGCAAGUUCUUUGAGUACACCCUCAAAGGGGAGAUCAACUCCAGGGAGAUUCAUAACGUGGAGCAGAACGAUAUGCUGCGAAAGGUGACGUUCGACCCUGAAGUGUUCUUCAACAUAUUGCUGCCUCCGAUCAUUUUCCACGCCGGGUACAGUCUGAAGAAGAGAAACUUCUUCAGGAAUCUUGGCUCCAUUCUAACCUAUGCAUUUCUUGGCACUGCCAUCUCCUGUUUUGUUAUUGGGAAUCUGAUGUACGGCGUGGUCAAGCUGAUGCAGGUGGUCGGACAGCUCACCGACAAGUUCUACUACACCGACUGCCUUUUCUUUGGUGCCAUCAUCUCUGCCACAGACCCAGUGACGGUGUUGGCCAUCUUCAACGAGCUCCACGCAGACGGAGACCUCUACGCUCUGCUGUUUGGAGAAAGUGUUAUGAACGACGCGGUGGCCAUUGUGCUCUCAUCGUCGAUUGUGGCUUACCAGCCCGCUGGAGCGAACACACACAUGUUCGACGCCUCGGCCUUUUUCAAGUCAGUCGGGGUUUUCCUGGGUAUUUUCAGCGGCUCUUUUGUGAUGGGGGCAGCCACGGGAGUCGUCACCGCUCUCGUCACCAAGUUCACCAAGCUGCACUGUUUCCCGCUGCUGGAGACGGCCCUCUUCUUCCUCAUGUCCUGGAGCACCUUCCUGCUGGCCGAAGCCUGCGGGUUCACAGGUGUCGUGGCCGUGCUGUUCUGCGGCAUCACGCAGGCUCACUACACCUACAACAACCUCUCUGAAGAGUCCACAAAACGCACCAAGCAGCUCUUUGAGGUGCUUCACUUCCUGGCUGAGAACUUCAUCUUCUCCUACAUGGGUCUGGCUCUGUUCACCUUCCAGAACCACAUCUUCAGUCCGAUCUUCAUCAUCGGGGCUUUUAUUUCCAUAUUCAUCGGAAGAGCUUUCAACAUUUACCCGCUGUCCUUCCUCCUCAACCUCGGCAGAAGGCACAAGAUCAAGGGAAACUUCCAGCACAUGAUGAUGUUUGCAGGUCUGCGGGGGGCGAUGGCGUUCGCCCUGGCCAUCCGAGACACCGCCACCUACGCCCGCCAGAUGAUGUUCACCACCACGCUGCUCAUCGUCUUCUUCACCGUCUGGGUGUUCGGCGGGGGGACGACACCGAUGCUGUCCUGGCUUCACAUCAGGGUCGGUGUGGACCCGGAUCAAGACCAGCAGCCUUGUGGCGACAGCUUCCAGGUCUUACAAGGGGAUGGCCCCCAGGCUGAAGGACAAAGUAAAACCAAACAGGAGAGCGCGUGGCUCUUCAGACUGUGGUACACCUUCGAUCACAAUUACCUGAAGCCCAUUCUGACACACAGCGGACCACCUCUCACCUCCACUCUGCCCGCCUACUGUGGACCGCUGGCGAGCUGUCUGACCAGCCCGCAGGCGUACGAGAACAACGAGCAGCUGAGGGACCACGACUCUGACCUCCUCCGUAACGACGGCGACCUGACCUUCAUGUUUGGCGACACCGCCAUCACGGCCAAUGGGGCGUCCGGCAGCGGAGGGGACGCGGCGGGAGGGUCGAGCUGGAGCGCGAACGGCAAAAGGAGCGGCAGCACCUCAGAGGAAGCGCUGGAGCAUGAGCUGGACUCCCGCGAGCAGGAGCUCCUGAGCCGCGGCACGCGCCUGGUUUUCCCCAUCGAGGAUCAUGUCUGACCCUCCCCCUUUCCUUUUUCCUCAAACCGCCCUGACCUUCACCCCAGAACGCCUCAGCUCUCUCUACAUCCUGUAGGGCAGAGCGUCCAGUCCUUCAGAGAUAAGACAGAGUGCAGAUGUGGUUGUUGACAAAAAAAAAAGGGAGGGUUCAGAGCAACUCUGAGCUCCAGUCCGGCCCGCGAACAGAGCUCAAGGAGCAAUUCAUCGUCAUUACAGAGCUGGACGUGGAGAUGAACUCUUCAUGCGCUUAUACUGUUUUUCAGUCGUACUGAUUUCCCUCUGCAUAAACUGGAGGGAAACCUUUCAAUGCGGGAUGAGAGGACAAAACAUCCUCAUGCGAGAUGCACUUUUGAACAUGUGACACUGUGUAUGUUCAGCUGGAGUUGUAAAGUUGCCUGGCAGCCCUCUGUGGCACGAGUUCGUCUUCACACCACACCAGUCGAGCGCUGAGAGAAACCAGCGUGGUUUCUUCUUCUAGACGCUCACAUGAGGCCAAACACUCACCAAAAAAAAAAUAUUAAAAAAACCCAAAAAACUCUUCAACAGAUCAAACAGAAAGAGCUCUCUGUUAAAUGUGCGCCAUUCAUCCGAAGCUGCUAACAGACCAGUGUUUGGUGUGUUUGUGAGGACGCCCUCUGUUUUACACAAAAGCAUCUAUGUGGAGGAGAUGGAGGAGCGCGAGAGGAGCGCGGAGACGGCCAGUGAAUAAGUUGCGCUCUUUUCUCCGUCGCCACAGCCUGUCAUGGCUGAAGUAACAGGGGUGAAGAAUGUGAGCAUGUAAAUAGCGACAAUGCUGAGCUUUGUUCCUCUCUAGUGGGGCUGCUUCUAUCAGUGCUUUACAUCCCCGUGACUGUUACUAAUAGCACCUGUGGAUCUUGUUUUUACGUCGGUCCGGGUCUUUUAUGUGUGUUUGGCAGGUCUUCACAAUCAUAACACGAAUAACGAAUGAAAGUUUUAUGAUGCUAAUAAUGUUUUUUCUCAUGAUUUAAUGCUGAUUCCCCAAAAUUUUAGAAAAGACCGAUGUGAUAUGUUCAUCCGAUGUGGGCUGGUCUUCAUCAUUCAUGUUAAAACUCUUUAUUUUCCUCUGAUUUUAGAAGAUCAGAUGCGUUCAUGGAUGUUGGGUUGCAACUGACAAUAAUUAUAAUGAUCAGUUCAUCAGCUGAUGAUGAUUUCUCAACUAACUUAAUUAAUCAUUAAGUCUAUAAAAUGUAAGGAGGUAUAGAAAAAUUCUUCACCACAGCUCAAGCUAAUGUUUGCCAAAUUGCUUGUUUUAUUUAAUCAAUAGUCCAAAGUUUCCUGCUAUAUAUGAGAAAGAACAGCAGUGAAUCCUCACAUUGAUGAAGCUGGAACCACUGAUGCUUUUGACAUUUUGGCAUGUAUCUUUUUUUUUUUUUUUUUUUUUUGUUUUGUUUUUUUGUCGACUGAAUAAUCAAUUAACUCUAAGCUUAAGUGUUUCAGUUUUUUCAUGUGACACUCAAAAUCUCCAACCACUGAUAAGUGCUAACACAAGAGCUGAGAGAGCAGCGCUCACACUCUCCCACGGUGUUCACACGUUUAGUUCCCCCGUAUAUUAACCUCAAACAGCUGUUGAAUCUAUCAGCAUUUUAGUCAGAAUGACGAGGCUCGUUCAUCUCAUAUAUCACCAAUACAGAGGCAAAUUAGAGGGAUAUUUUGUAAAGUUAGUGUCUCACAUGUUGUACCUGAUUCUCAGUCUAACCUGAAAUAUGUAUUAAAGGUGCAAUAUGGAAGAAAAAUAGCUUAAAACAUUCAAAAAUUCUCUACAGUUUUGUCAAAGACGUCCAUGUACUGGGUAGCAUGCUAACCAGCUAGCUCCCGGCCUCAAACACGCUUUCUUACAGCGAUACACAGCUGCUGUGUGUAAACACAACCACUCCCCUGGUAGUCCGGCUAGCUGCAAGGCUAACCGAGCUAUCAAGCUAACUUUAGCUAAAAUAAUGGAUGUACAGUUAGCAGCAGUUAGUUGUUACUCUGGGAUGUGCUGCCCUUAUUUGUUGGGAUGAAUUCAAAGUGGCCUAUUCUUAAGUAUUGUUUUGUUUUUUAACGAACAUAAAAAGAAAGAAAAGAAGAAAGCAGUAGUGAAACAUUUUGGCAAAUCCCAGUCUGUUUUGAAAGUCUCUGUCUGUAUAAAGCUACAGACAGUAGCAUGAUUAGCUUAGCGUAGCAUUAAGACAGCCUAGCCUAGUUCAGUCUGAAGGUAACAAACUCCUCCAACCAGGACCUACACACUAGCUAAUUAAUACAUCUAGUUUGUCUAAUCUUUAACAAUACCUAAAGAGAAAAAAUGGAGGAGAAAAAAAAGAUUUCAGCUAGUUGUUUAUCCUUUGUGCCAAGCUAACCUAACAGGCUUCUGGCUGUAGCUUCAUAUUUACCUUUCAAACAGGAGAGCGGUAUCAGACUUUCUCAUCUAAUUCUCUGACAGGAAGCUAUCAAUCUUAUUUCCCAUAAUAUUAAACAAUUGCUUUUAACUCGCUGCACCGCCACAACACAUUACAUCAACAGUCACUUCCCUUAGAUUUGAUUACAAGAACCAAGAACAUGUGUUUUUCUGAUAAUGAAGUGUACUGAUAACAAUCAGGAACACAUGUGUUCCUCUUUAAGAGUUUUAAAGGUGCAGUGUGUCAAAAUGUUGGUUUAAAACAUUGGAUAUGUACUAAGAUGAUCAAAGACAUCUAUUUAUUGUGUUGUCUACUGCAGAUAACAUGCUAACCAGUUAGCCCUGGGCCUGAAUACCUCUUUCUCCCAGUGGUCCAAAGCUCCUGUAGUGUAGUAGUCCAGCUAACUGCGGGGCUAACUGAGCUACCAAGCUAAUGGUAGCUACAGCCAGGGAUGCAUACACAGAGUACAUUCAGCAGCAGUUGAUGUGCUGCCAGGAGUGUGACUUCAACAGGUGGCCAGUUCUUGGAUAUUGCACCUUUGACAGUAAGAUAAUAUCACCCUCCUCCAGUUUCCGUUUUGACACCUCAUUACAUCAUCAUGCUCUCUCAACACGAGAUCGAUUCUUGUGGUUGCAGCAGGCGGCCCAGUUUCCUCCUAGAUGCACGAAACAAUCUGAAAUGAAAUAACCGGUUAAAGACUGAACUGCCAUGUGAGAAGUGCUCGAUACGCGACGGUGACCUCGGGCUUCUGGAUUUCACCCACUUGCGUUUGUCUCUGUUGGUCAGACAUUUUCCACAACAGACCGCUGAACAGUAUUGUUGUGUGACAGGUUGACUGGCAUCACUCCACGUGAGCUGUAGGGAUGUUUUAUUAUUUAUACUACACUGAUUACUCUUUGGAGAUCCCCUGACCAAAUCUCCUCUCUUGUUUAAAGUAUGUACAUGGAGUUCCUCCUCCACAGCAUGAUUAUGAGAGGAAAAAAUUCAUCAUCUGCAGAUUUUUUUUUUCUUCCCCCCCUUCAAGAUGCUAUACUUAGCUCUCAUCCAAUAAAUGUAAAUAGUAGCAUAUUAACUGGCAGUCUGCUGGCUCCAUUGUUUACUGUCACCAGACCUCUUCAGGAGCAGCUGGUGGAACCAACAUCUCUCUCUCUGGGAGUGAGACAUUUUUUUUCAGUUUCUUUUCUGCCAGUGUUUUUGUGUUCCCUCCACCGUGUCUAGACGUCUGAACUGCGUCGCAUUUUAAAUUCACCACACAGCACGUGUCGCUCCUCUGUUUUCUCCCCUCCACUGCACACAAAGAGGGCUGCUGCCUUCACCUGCAGACGAGUGCAGGUGUGAGAGGCUCAGUUUGUAAAUUAAAUCUGCGGAUUUCACCCGAGGGAGAGGCCACGCACAAGUUCUCUGUCUCAUCUGGGAUCUCCAAGAGGAAAUGAAUCUAGUUAUGUAAGCUGUAGCCACGCUGUGUUCACUGUGGGUCAUUUAGCGAGGAGUGAGGAGUAAUAUGAAGCUGUGCUCUCUGUCUAACAUCUCACUUUUUUUUUUUUUUUUUAAGACAGUCUGAAGCUUGUCUGUGUCGAGGGCAUUAAAAUCGUCUGAGCGAACCAUUUCUUCCACAAGGACCGAUGCUCACAUCACAUAGAUGCACCUUCUACAUACAGUAUAACUUACAGCAGAUAUGUUGUCUCUGGAUUAUGCAUUAAAAAAAAGAAGAAAAAUGUGAUUUUUUUUUUUUUAUCAUUCCUGCUGUAUCAACUAACAUAAGUGCAGAAAAAGACCAAACAAGAACUCGCAUUUGUCGACAUGUUUUUUUCUUGGACGCCCUCUGUGGACGGACGACAUCAUGGCCGUCCUCACCGGCGGCUGCAGGCAAACAAAAACGAGCAGAGUUUUGGCACUUUACCUCAAGCAGAGGACACUUGCGGGACUCUUAUAUAACCUUCAUGUGCACUCUAUCUCCAGACUGUUGUGCUGUCAGUUGUCUUCGCUGGCUAUAUUUACAUGCUCUCUGUACCUGAGAAAUAUGAGAUGUAGCUCAAUUGUCAGUAUGUGCACCUGUUGUAGUAGCAACUGGCUGCCUGGUUCUACCUGCCAUGAUCUGCAUGUCAUCAUGUUAAUAAAAAUCGUCAAAUUAUGA